AUGGAAAAACCUCCAGCGGAGCCAUCAGCGGCUUCGACUUCUACGGCACAACGCGCGGCCGGCUUUCACAAUGUGGAACGACAAUAUCAGCAGACCAGAAAGCUGCAAAUCGUCCUUGUCAUGGAUAGGAAGAUGCCAAAGUAUAUGAAACAGCGAGAUCAAGCAUGUGCUGAUGUGGAAAAGGUGGCCAAGUCUUUGAAGUGUAAUUUGCAGGUAAGGUCUGAUGAUAUUGGGGUGUAGGUUUUUAAUUACAUUUUUUUGGGUAGUAAAUUUACGCUGUCUUGUUAAUUUUGGUAUUUGAAGAUGCGGAAGACUCUAUAAAUUUUGGCUAUACUAAAAGUUGUUGUAAAAAACUUUACUUUCAAACCAAAAAAUAAAAUUUUUCUUUUGUUUAACCUCAUGGUUAAUAUUUUGAUUCUCACACUAAUACUUCAAUUUUAGGUGAUCGAAUUCGAUCCCUUGGACUUUGGUGAGACUAAGGCAUUAGACACCUUUUAUAAUGCGGACGUUGCUUUGGUCGAUUUCACCAUGACCGGUCAGAUCUCAAGUUUGUGUUAUCAUGUUGGAGUGCGCGAGUCGAUGGGACAAAUGUAUAAUAUUAUAAUUAUGUACAUGUAUGAUGAAACUAUGAAUCAACGAGUUGAUCCUUUGAAAGUAAGAAGUUGUGACACUGUUUUAGGUACCAAAAGAAUAGGUUUAGUAAGAAAUGGGCGUUUUAUGUUAUUUUAGGUUUAAUUUACAUUGGGGAUCUAAUUUCAAAAAUAUUUGGAACUUUUUAGAUAAAUAAUAUCAUUUUUUAUAUUUUCAGUCAACUCUAAACAAUUUUCAAUUACUAACCUACUUCCAAUGUCAAGACGGGACCUUGUUGUGCUCAGAUAAGGCUACAAGCGGCCUAAGGGAUUUCGAUCCACGCAGUGAUAGGCAAGUGUAAUAAAGACUCUAAUAACUUUUUGAUAAUUCAAAAAAUAUAAUUGUAAUCAAUCUCUAACUACUAUAAUUCUAGGUAUCAAUCCAUGAAAUCCCGUGGGUUUCAAACCUUCGCCGAAGCCGUUAAGACGGCGUUGACUAAUGUACAAAUUGAAGCCAAUGCUCAUGCUAAAGAGAAGUUUUUGAGUGAUUUGAGGAAAGUGCGAGAGAUGGAAGACCCAAAUGAAGCAAACCAGUUUCUAGAAAGAAUGAGAAGCCGUCUGGACAAUCCUGAUGUCCUAAAUUUGGAUACUGUUUGCCAAAUGUUGUUGAGUUAUCGGUAAGAUCAUGAAUAUCUCUAUAAAAAUGUAGAUCAUACUUAUUUUUUGGGCUGUUUCAGCUGUAAAAACACGAAAACUUCCAUUUAAAACGUUGUAAAAUAACCAAAUGUAUUAACAAAGUAUAAUGAUUGUAAUCCGAUUUCAGAGAUACCCAGAACUACGAUGCCAUGAUUAAUUUAAUUGAAGACUUGGAAAAAGUAAACCAGAAUCAGAUUGUACAUGCCCAACCAGUGUGGUUUUUAUACGCUUUUGCUUUGAAUCGGUAGGAUUUUUAGUUUGUAAUCGGUUUAUAAUGAAGAUUUAUAUUAUUUGAGGUAAAGCAUACAUUAUUGUAGACAAAAACUUAGAUGUUUUCUUACUUAUAACUCACUGAAAUGUUGACAAAGUCUUAAAAUUUUCAGUCGAAACCAGCCCGGCGACCGUGAUAAAUGCAUUGAAAACGUGCUACAAAUCAUGGAGAAGUACAAAGAAAACGUUUCGCCAGAUGUAAUAUGCUUAGCUGGACGUGUUUACAAGGAUCGAUUCAUCUCGUCAAACUAUGAAGAUAAAGAAGCCCUGGAGAAGGCCAUUGAAUGGUACAGAAAGGCGUUCAAUGUCUCACCAUUAGAAUACUCUGGCAUCAAUUUGACAACAAUGUUAAGGGCGCGAGGGGAACAGUUCGAACAUAACGUGGAAAUGCAACGAGUUGGUAAGGAUUUAGGGGCUUAAAAUGGUUUUCGAGGAGAACUCUUAUAGGAUAUUUUAUAAAAAAAGGCUGUCGCAAACAUAUAUAGGUUAUAGCGAACAUACUACAUCACGUAAAGCUAAAAAACACCUUAUUUUACCCAAAAAAACAUCUAAACCACCAUUUUCAGCUGUGGUCCUCAACUCCCUGUUAGGGCGGAAAGGAGCCCUAGCCAACAUGAGUGAAUACUGGGAUGUAGCCACCUUCUUCGAAGUCUCCGUCCUAGCCGAAGACUACAACAAAGCUUGCCAAGCGGCCGAAAAAAUGGCUAUGCUCAAACCCCCAACCUGGUUCCUCAAAUCCACCAUGGAGAAUAUCAAACUGAUCUCGAGAUGCGCGGCUUCAUGUUCUCCAAUUGAAAAAGAAAAGCAAACGUUUGUAUUCUGGACGGAAUUCUUCAUGGAAGCCAUCGAGGGAUUCAGCGACACCAAUUCAAGAUUUCCUGUGCUGAUUCAGGAGGUUAAUAAGGUAGGAUAAUAGAACGACAAAACCGCAUUAUACUUUAAAAAUAUGAAGGAAUAUAAUUAAAAUUCAAUGAAAAGGGGUUAUUUUAGUCUUUCAUCACUAUAGAUACCUAAAUUUAUCAAUAAAAACCAAAAAAUCACCUAUAAAUAUCUAAACUUACAUCUAAAGCCCAGGUAUACCUAUAAAAAUCCAGAUAUCUCUAUAAACUUCUAUAAAAUUACAGCAAUACACUCCAAGUUACAUGACAAUCAACGAACAUGAUGUUAUAUUAACCCACGUGCUCGAACACAGUCAAGCGAAGAGUCCACCACCCGGAAUUCAUCGAUGGGGCUUCAAGUGGAGCCAAAUCAAAGCCUUUUCGGCUUCGAAACGAGAUGACAGGUCGAUGUACAUGUAUGUAUACGAAAAUUCGGACGACUUCAACAUUACUUUUCCAUCUUCAGCGCAUUGUAAUGGGUAAGUUUGGGGAAAUCGUUGAGAAAAUGAUGGAAGAUCAAAAAUAAUUUUCUGGAGGCUCAGAGAAAAACUUGACUCCUUGUGUCAACCUUUCUGUUUUGCUUGAUUAAAGCUGUAAAUUUUCAACUUUGGCUUCUAAUUAGUGUAAACUGUGUAAAUAUAAGGAUUUCAACUCUUAUUUUUUAAAUAAAGAUGAUAUACUAGGUUUAUCAUCGUACAAAGCUAAUUUUUGAUUGAUUACAGAGCCUUGUCAAAGAUGAGCGAAGCUGAAGAUGGAUGUGGUGGUAAAGUGCUGAAUGAUUGUGAAGCCCACACCCUUAUUGAUGUAAGAGUUUGAUUUUAUAAUGAGUUUUGUUAUUAUGACAUUACAUUAUGAGAAAAUACAAAAAUCUUUGGAAAUUUGAAAUUUGCAGUUUUAAAAUUUUGACCAUAUUUUUUGUAAAACUGGGAUUUUUAAAAAAAUUUUACGUUUUAGUUCGAAUACGAAGUCGACAACAAAACUGGAGAAAGAGUGAUACUAGGCCGUGGCACCUAUGGUGUCGUAUACGCAGCCCGUGACGUGACCACACAACGUUCUAUUGUAGUAAAAGAAGUUGAAGUAAAAAACGCGGAAGAAGUUCAGCCAUUGAUGGAGGAAAUCAAACUUCACUCCACACUGUCACACGAAAAUAUCGUCCAAUAUUUGGGUUCAAAAGUGGAGAAACGUGAUUUUCGGAACGAUGUUUUCCUGAUUUUCAUGGAACAAGUACCAGGAGGAUCGUUGAGUUCAUUGCUACGUGACAAGUGGGGUCCUUUGGAUGCGGAACAAACUUUGGCAAUUUAUGCGUCACAGAUCUUGCAGGGUGUGAAAUAUCUUCAUGAUCAAAAGAUUGUACACAGAGAUAUUAAGGGAGAGAACGUUUUGGUGAAUACGUACAGUGGAUUGUGUAAAAUCUCGGAUUUCGGAACUUGUAAACGGUUGGCUGGACUGAAUCCGUGCACUGAAACUUUUAAGGGUAUGUUUGACAAGUUUAUAAGGACUGGUAAGCUUGGAUAUAAACUUUAACGUGAUUCUAAGAUAAAAUAUAUACUAUUGAAUAUCAUGUUGGCCAUUGGGGCUAAAGUUUGUAGUAUAAAGUUAUCUUCGAUAACAUUUUGUUGACUUUUGAAUUUACUUUUAUAAACCUUAUGUUAAUCCAACAUAUUAUUGUAUAAAAAAUAUUAUUAAUACUUUUUUAGAGGCCACUUUAACCAAUUUGAUCUAUACAUUGAUAUUAAUCAUUGUUAACGUCGUCUUGCUCGUCUUAAUCGUCUGAAUUUAGAUAAUGAACUUGAUGAAAAAAUCAAAAAGUCAAUUAAUUCAGGAACACUUCAAUACAUGGCUCCAGAAGUCAUCGACCACGGUCAGCGUGGUUAUGGUGCUCCGGCCGAUGUUUGGUCAUUCGGAUGCACAAUGAUUGAAAUGGCAACGGGAAAACCACCGUUCGUGGAGUUGGGACUGCCACAAGCAGCCAUGUUCAAGGUGGGAAUGUACAAAACUCAUCCGCCUAUACCUACAAGUUUGAGUGAGAGCUGCACCAAAUUUAUUAAAAGGUAAAUUAUUGAUAAAAUAACUGUAAACAUUACAUUAUACACUUAUGACAUUUCUUAACAUAACAUUCCUAUUUUCCUCUUUCAGAUGUUUUGAACCAGAUCCAAACAAGCGUGCCACAGCUGCAGAACUACUGCUAGAUACAUUUUUGCUACAGUACAUUCCGAACACGUAAGGGUUUCUAAAUUCCUUUAAAAUUGUAAAAAACAUAGCAUUUUCUGAUGUUUAUGAUAUAAUUCAAAUUUUUAUCAUAAACAUUGUAUUCUUAUUAAUCAGCUAUCAAGAAGAAUGUCUUAUCAUAAGAACUAUAACAAUCGCGUUUUUAGCCAACGAAAUACUUCCACGAAGAAAAGAGUGGAUGUAGCCAGGACUUUCCCUAAUAGUAAGUGUGAAUUUUGAGUAUGGUUAUUCUACAUCUUGAUCGGUGACGGUAUUCUGGUCUAUUUGACAAAUACUUGUGUUAUACAUAACAUUUUAACAGUAUAGUAUAAGAUCUUUUUAAAGCUUUAGAAAGAUAGUACGAACUUAAGUAGUACUCCUUGGUACUGUUUUUAGGCCUUAUUAGUAUUGUUUUAAGCUCUAUUAGUACUACGUUUUGGUACUGUUUUUAAAGUACUAUGAAAAUUACAUACGACAUUAUAAAUGCUACGCCUCAACCUUUGCUGCCGCUUUAACUUCCAUGUGUGUUACAUGUGUCUGUCAAUAGAUGUUGUCCCACAACUUUCUCUUCAUGCCAUUUUGGAUUCGCAAUGUCAUAGUCUUUGUACAUCUUUAAAAAACCUAAAAUUUUUGUGAAAUCACAACUUUAAAAUCGAAUACAAAUUUAGUACAAAGUUGCGACAUUGCAAAAUCCCCGCUUCCCAACUCUAUCUUCCUCCUUGUGUGUUCCUAUGGUGAAUAUUUUAGAAUUUCAUCGUUCUGCUUCUCACAUGAGUGGAAUGAUCUACAACCCCAUGAAUUCGUUGAAUCCACGAAAAGAAACACAACAAUCGCAUUCCGAAUGCAAUGUGCCCAACAUACUGGAAAUCCCCAAGGAUACGUUGAAGCCGCACAAUCUCGGUAAUCGCAAAAGUAUUUUAAAAAUGAAAAAAAGUUAAAUGGAGGAUACACCGCAGUGCAAAAAUGCGCAUAAAAUAAGAUAGUGUACAAAAAAUGUUUCCCACACAAUCGAUGUCAAUCUUUUGCUUUUGCAAUGAUCAAGGCUUUGCUACAUUUUCUACCGUUCAUAAAAUUAAGCCGGACAAAAGAUUUCAAAAACGUUCCGUUUGCAGGUUGCUUGAUCUGCAUCGUGCAGACUAUAGCAAAACUGAUAGGUCAAAUUCGACUUUCUAGAUAACAAAAACAAUCUAAUUUUGAUUAACUCUUUUAAAAACGUUUUUCAACAGGCAGUAUGUACGACAAUAUUGAAAAUAACAGGCAAAAACAAGAGACCGCAAAGUCUGCUUUUUUUUGCACAGUGCAAAACUUUUCAAACCUUUGCACCGUGCAAACCUUUUUCAGAACUGAUCUUCGUUCAAAAAUCUAGUUUUUUGGAAAUCAAAAACAACCUAAAUUUUGCCUUGAAAACUCAAAAACAGCAUGCACCGUGCAAUCUUUGUCGCAACAACGAAAAGAUCACGCAAAACAAAAAGAGCGCAAACGUUGCACUUUUGUUGCACUGUGCAAAAUUUACAUAAUCUUGUCGCAAAAGAUUACGCAAAACAAAGAGAGCACAGACGCUGUCUUUUGAUUGCACCGUGCAGUCUUUGUCGCAACUCUGAUUUCGAGCCAAAAAUCGAGUUUUUCGAAAAACAAAAACAGCCAAACUUCUGCUUUCAAUCCUGCAACAAGCUUUGAACAGUGCAUAAGCUUUCCCAGGCUUGUCGAAAAAGAUCUGCACCGUGCAGUCUUUGUCGCAAUACAAAAAAUAUUACGUGGAAAUAAGAGAGCACAGAGCCUGCAUUUUUGCUGCACCGUGCAGUCUUUGUCGCAACUCUGAUUUCGAGCCAAAAAUCGAGUUUUUCGAAAAACAAAAACAGCCAAACUUCUGCUUUCAAUCCUGCAACAAGCUUUGAACAGUGCAUAAGUUUUCCCAAGUUUGUCAUGAAAGGCCUGCACCGUGCAGCCCUUUUCGCAAGACCAAAAAGAUCACGCAAAACAAAGAGAGCGCAGAGGCCAACUUUUGGUUGCACGGUGCAGUCUCUGUCUCAACUCGGGAUUCGGACCAAAAAAUCGAAUUUUUCAAAAAGCAAAACAUCCAAAAUUCUGCUUCCAAUUCUGCACCAAGCUUUGCACAGUGCAGUCCUUGACGUAACAUCGAAAAGAUCACGCAAACAAAAGAGAGUGUAGAGCCUCAUCAAUCCUUGCACAGUGCAUAAACUUUCCCAGGCAUGUCGCGGAAUUGUUUUGCACCGUGCGGAUUUUUGACCGUCUCAAGAAUUGCGCAACUUUCCCUCUUUCGACUCGGAUUUUCGAUCGAAAAUUUGGCUCUUUUUCGAUCAAAAAAAAGGAGAGAGCGCACGACCCUCCUUUCACGUGUAGCAUCACGUGACACUCGGCUUACGAUUGCGUUUAUCUUUUGCACAGUGCAAAAGUUUUAAUGGGAAUUUGAUGAAAAACAACUAAAAAAUGUCGGAUACAACUUUUUAAAAUUAACACCGUAAAAAGUAUUUAAAGUUUACUUUACAAUUGUGUAGUAGACUCCUGUAGAUUUGAAGUGAUACAUUAACACCCUACUUUCGCUAACAUUACUAUAUUUUCAAGCCCAUGGUAUACCGACAUGGCGCACUAUGUUCUUUAAAAAAACAUGUUCCGUAUUAUAAACCCAUGACACAGUUAUUAUAGUAAUAUGAUAAACAGCCGAAUUACAAUAAUGUGCUUUCUACUUUCCAGUAAAAUAAUGAGCUUAUCCAUUUAAAGCCGGCUUCGUUGAACAAAAAAAAAUUAAAAGUGUGCCAAUUUAAUUUCCUACGGCUAUUUUCACAUCUAUUACAUGUUGAGUGGAGUUUUACUAUAGCUAAGUGUGGUUUGCAUCUGAUAAAGCAACUUUCGCGAGGUUUACGAAAUGUCGUCAUGACAGAUGUCAGGCCGUCAUUGUGACAUGCUAUGGAACCGAAUAUUGAGUGAAAAUUCAGUUUAAAGAAUAGUUAGAAUUGUAUACGUUUGCUCAAAAAAUACGUUUUUCGUUAAAUUCAAAGCGUGUCAUGAUGACAGUUUUUAUGUGUCAUGACGAAAGAAUUUAUAUAUUAAACUUCAAAACUAUUUAUGCAAUUCACCCGCUAUGUUACCCUAGAUGAAUAUCAAAUUUUCCCCAAAAUCAGCUGCUACAUUGCCCAAUUUACAAAAGGAACAGUUAUUGCCAAUGACGCAUACCAUAAAAUUUGAUGAAUAAUGUGCUUUCAGAAGUCGUGCACUCGAAAAAGAAUCGCAGUGAAAGUGAAUCUCACAUUUUCGAGCAUGCGAACGAACAAUUCUUGGCCACAAGUGUAACCAACAACGCGUUUGAAGGCGGAAAAACCUUCACAACUGCUGCGAAGUUACCGUCGCAGAACAAGAUUGAGCGACAAAACUUGAGGUUGAAGAUUGAGCGGCCUCAAAUGCAAAAUAAUGAAAUCUACGCGGCUGGUAGGUUAUAAAAUAAUGCCUAUUUGUGACUAAUAUGAUGCAAUUUAUGCCUACAAUAAUAUCUAGUAUUUGAAAAACACUGAAUUGGCAAAAAAAAGGUUGAAAAAAGGAUCUUAUCGUCAGACGAUGAAGCUUUUAUAUAAUAUUUAUAUACUAAGCAAGUACAAGAUAAUAGUCGUUUUGGUCUUGAAAAUUUAUCAAAAACUCGAAGAAAAGCUGAAUUUUCUGGAACAAUAAAUCCUUUUUCGCAGUCUGCAACCUGAGUUUAAAGCUCGGCCGCAGUUUGAAAACGAAAGAAAAUUAUUUGGUUGCGGAAAAAUUUUGAUAAAUUUCCUUUGAAUGAACCUUUGAACUUCUAAUCAAGAAUAAUUGGAUAAAUCUGUUUUUUUUAGAAUUUUAGGUAAUAAAAUACAUUUUAUAAUAUUUUUCUAAAAUUUUUAUGUUGCACAAUGUUACAAUACAGCAAACCGAAAAAUUUCAAGUGUUUUGUCCUUCUAAUAAUACAUGGUUUAAUUUUUUUAUGUUGCAUAGUGAAGAACAUUCAAAAAACUAACGAUUUUGUCCAGUACAACUAAAACCAGUCCGAAAAUCUACUAUUGUAAUAUGUUAAGUCCAGUUAAACAGCGAUUAAACUAACGCUAAAACUUUAGCUAACCGCUUUGCUUCACGUGAAUGUCGAGACUAAUUUCAGGUUCAUUUACAGCUCCAGUUCAGAACGAUCCCCACAACUAUUUCACGCGAUAUUCGCUACAAGUACAGAAUCCGCUCCAACCGCCAUCAGAACACGAAGAAGCCAAGCCCAACGUUCCAUCAUCGGCUUCGCCAUCGUUUGGCAUGGUCCAGAAGCCAGCAUUUUUUGAAAGUACAGCUUCUGUAUCGUUGCCUCCAACGAAUUACUCGAAUAGCCCUCAAUUUAUGCAGUUGCCUUCGGGAAGCGGAUUUCAAGGCAAAAUGGGACAGAAUAGUUUGGUAUCACAGCCACCAAGGUAAGGGGUCGUUUUGCGGAAAAUGUGAAAGAAAAUCUUUGGUUUUUGAGGUGAUAUGUUAUGGAAUUUAACGACCAAUGUGUAUAUUUAACUACAUAUCGCUUGGUAUUCAAAAGGUGUAUAAUAUGCCUCUUUUCCAGUCCCCAUGCCCAUCACACGCCAUUAACAGCAAGUCCGUCGUUGUCGGAUACGUCGCCGUUUCUUCAAUUGCCACAAACAGCCGCAUCGAUUCAAGAAGAGAAUUCACUUGUGAAUCGCUUCUUCAAUCUUCAAAAAGAUCAUGAACGUCGUUUAACAUUGGCCUCGAUGAUGGGGGACAAUGAGGACGAGAUUCUUAUCAAAUGGAUGGAGCAUAUUACGGCUGAAGUUCGAGACGAUGAGCCUUUGAGGGUAAGGCGUUUAUUGAAGUUUGUGGUUUUGAUAAUUAUUGUUAACCUUACGGGCUUUGAAAAUGUUGAGUCAAAAAAGUUUAAAUCUUUUUGGAAAAUCUGAGAAAUCCAGAUCUUUUCGGCAAUUUUUUAAUCUUUAGGUUGAGAACACUCCAAAACAUAAUAUUUUAAAUUUCAGAUAACAAAAGAAAUACUCCGCCACAUCCUUAAUGCCAUAAGACUUUACUUUGUACCCACAGACACCGAAAACCUUCAAGCAGCACUGGCACAUCUCCAGAAGACCCAUGAUGAAUUUCAGGACCCAGAAUUUGAAAAACAAUUGACUGAUGCCCUUUGUGUAUUCCCUCACGCCGUUCAGCCUUUACUUAAAAAUCAAGGAGUUAAACCGCAUUGGAUGUUCACAUUGGACGAUUUGAUUCGAAGUGCUGUGCAACAAGCUUUGAACUGUUUGAAACCGGAAGUUACUCAGACUUACUGGACUGGAGGAUCAAUUCCAAGCGUUGGGAAUAUGCAACAGCCUUAUUCUGUUCAGCAUGGUGAGCAUGUACCUUAAUCAUAUGUUUUUGAGUUUGAUUUAUUUAAAAUUGACUUUUUUAUUAAAAAAGUAUAUUUUAAGCCCACGCCCUAUCCCAACAAACAACACUACAACGUACUCAGCCAACAUUCUCAUCCACAGUCAACACUCCAACCACAGAAAUGGCAGAACAACAACGUUUUGUCGAUGUUUCACAACAACAUCGUUUAUACACCGAGCACAUAGCCAGAUUACUGGAAGAUCUAGUCCAAGUGGAGCGAAAUUACCGUGAUUUACUGGAACAAAGUCUCAACGAAAAGCGACGAUCAGUGGAACGAAUGGUCUUACAAAGCGAUGUGGAUUCUGGUGUUGAUGGACGGAGUCCGUUGGAAAUGAGGAACGAGGCCGACUUGUACGCUGGAACUCAUCAAGUGGCAGUGGAAGAUGGAGUGGAUUCUGAUUCUGAACUCACGGUAUGGUUGACGGAGUUGGGCUGUGAUGAGGAGAGUAUACAAUCAUUGAUACGACAACAAUAUACCAAAGCAGAUUUAAUUGACUUUGUUAGUCGGGAAGAGUUGCUUCAAGCUGGUGUUCCGUGAGUUUUUAAUUUUCUGGAUUUGAAGGGAGAAAUUUAUAAAAAUUAUAUUAAUCAUGGUAGUGUAAUGUAACUUUUUGUGUGAUAAGAAAUUUGUGGGUAAAUUAUAGUUAUGCUUCUUGAUAUUUUAAUGAACAACGAUUGAUAUCUUUUUAUUUUAGUGGAGGAACAUCUUGUCGUAUCUGGAGAGCCAUUUUAAGGCACCGAUUGGAAAGUUCGAGCAAAAGUGAUGGUGAACAAGUAUCGAGGAAGUACGCUCGAUAUCGUACUUAG